CCCUCCCGGGUCAGAAGAGCAUUUCAGGGCCCCCAUAGCGUGGACCCGGGGGGGGGGGCUUGGUGCAGCUGAACCCCCAAAUCCAGCCCAGUUGGGAGGAAACCGGUUGUGCCGCGAUGAGCCGUGGCCUCUGCCGGCUGCGAAUGCGGCCAAACCAGUUUGGAUGAGCCACCAGUGCCGUCACUGGAGCCUGUCACUGGUGGGGAGCCACAGGCUGAGACAGGCUCCCCGGAGAGGUGACGGUGACAAGGAUGGCCGUGGGGACGGCCACCAGGGACGGCCUGGACCUGCAUGAGGAGUGGCUGGAUGAGGAUUUUCCCGGGUAAAGGGGUGAUGGGAGCGGCACCCCAAACCCGCAUGUCUGUCCCCGGGGUCCCCUUGACCCCCGGCCCUGUCCCCACCAGGCCUCUGCCGGAGGGGUGCUCAGGGGCCGGGGGUGCCCCGCGCCGUAUGCGGAGGCGGCUGCCGGCGCUGGAGCGGCCCGAGAGCACCGAGCGCUCGCCCGACGCCAGCAUCGACCUUGACCUGGACGCGCUGGAGACGCCCUCGGGCAGCGAUGGCUUCGAGUGGGACGAGGAGCUGCCACAUGGCUGGGGCUUCGCCGAGAGGGCCGGCAGCCGGACGGUGCCGCACACGGAGGAUGCACGGCCGGAGGAGAGCGUGGAUCUGAGCGUGGUGGAGCCCUACAGCCGGGUCCUCUCCCACGGGGGGUACCACGGCAAGGGCUUUGGUGCCAUCCUGCUCUUCGCCGCCUGCCACCUCCCGGACAGCAGCAUCCCCCGGUACAGCUACGUGAUGGAGAACCUGCUCAGGUACAUCGUGGGCACCCUGGAGAGGACGGUGGCCGACCGCUACGUCCUGGUGUGCCUUAGCGGGGCGGCAGCGCGGGGGCAGAUCCCCCCCUUCGGCUGGAUCAAACGGUGCUACCAGGCCAUGGACCGGCGGCUCCGGAAGAGUCUCCAGGCUGUGAUCAUCGUCCACCCCACCUGGUACAUCAAGGCACUCGUGACACUUGCCCGGCCCUUUCUCAGCCCCACCUUCAGUGGCAAGGUCCGGUUUGCCACCAGCCUGUGGGAGCUCUCCCGGCUCGUCCCCGUGGAGCCAGCACACGUCCCCGAGCCCGUCCGGCGGCUGGAGCCCAGCUGGGAUGGCAGCCGGGACACGACAUGGUGACGCACAGGGACAAGCGGUGGCAUCGCGGGCUCCUGGCCUGCCCAAAGCGGUCCCCGAGCACCCACGGGGGAAUAAAGGACGUGGACGGGAG